CCCACAUUGUGUCUCUGCCGCUUAUUACAUGGCAGCGCUGCUUAAUGAAUGACCAAUGAUCAUCAAGUGACCCUCUGAAAGGACCAAUCAUCUUCUGAGCUGGUGAGGCGCUGGCCAAUCAGCGUCCAGAAUCCUUUUGCGUACCUUUGCGCGCCCUUGAGUCUCUGCCGGUCACGAAGAGAGGGAAGGGCGGCGACGAGAAGCCAAUAUCUGAUCAGUAAUCAAUAUUCAGGUCUCUCUGCUGAGACAAUCUGACAGUCAGUGGAUCCUCUUUGACCCUAAAAUGGCAAGUGGAGACUCAGUAUUGGACAGUGUUGAGGAGUUUGAUGACUCCUCAGAUUCUGGCAGUGACUAUGGCGCUACCAUUAAAGUCACAAAGCGGAGAAAGCAAGCAGUGCCUGGACCUCAGCCACCCAAGAGACCCAGACGUAAAGCUACAUUGAGGGCGACGUCCAGCCCCAGUAGUAGCCCCAUCCCCACUCCACCAGACACCUCCCUGCAGCAGCAGCACUCCCGGGGGACACGCAAGCAGGCCUCUCCUACACCUGCGACGAGAGUGAACCAGGGCAACCAGGGCAUCAGUGCAGAGGAUAUCUAUGAUGCUGUCCGCUCUGGAAAGAGUGCCAUGGUGACGGUGGUGGAUGAGUGGCUGGACAGCUACAAGCGAAGCCGAGAGGCGGGGCUGCUGGUGCUCAUCAACUUCAUUGUUCAGUCCUGCGGAUGCAAAGGCGUGGUUAGCAGAGAGAUGUUUGACAGCAUGCAGAAUGCUGAGAUCAUCGGCACAUUAACCAAAGAAUUCAAUGAGGAUUCAGUGAACUACCCUCUGUGCACUCCAGGCCCCCAGCUGAAGCGUUUCAAAGCCGGCCUGUGCGAGUUUGCUCGUGUUCUGGUACGCUCUUGUCGGAAUAGCCUCAUUUAUGACGAGCGCCUGUUCCCCUCCCUGCUGGCACUGCUCACUGGCCUGUCUGACUCCCAGGUCAGAGCCUUCAGACACACCAGUACCCUGCUUGCCAUGAAGCUGAUGACUGGGUUGGUGGAAGUAGCUGUGGUAGUGUCUGUUCAGCUGCAGACCACCCAGCGGCGAUACGACAUGGAGAACAGCAAGAGGCCGCAUGACAGAGCCCCUGGCAGACUGGAGGAGCUGCAGGCCACCAUCAGCGAGCUGCAGGAGAACAGAGAGGAGAUAUCCUCCAUGAUGAACGCCACGUUCCGCGGUGUGUUUGUGCACCGUUACCGGGACCGGCUGCCUGAGAUCCGGGCAACUUGCAUUGAGGAGUUAGGCAUGUGGCUGAAAAUGGACCCUGAAGACUUCCUCAAUGAUGGAUGUCUUAAAUACCUGGGAUGGACCCUGCAUGAUAAGCAAAGUCCGGUGCGUCUGCAGUGUGUGCGUGCCCUGCAGGGUCUGUACCAGGAGAAGGAAUUCAUUGGCCGCCUGGAGCUUUUCACCAGUAGAUUUAAAGAGAGGAUGCUCAGCAUGGUGCUGGACAAGGACCCAGACGUGGCAGUGGAAGUGGUCAAUCUGUUACUGCUGAUCCAACAGGGGACAGAAGAAGGCCUGAGAGAAGACGAGUGUGGCCAUAUUUAUCCCCUGGUUUAUGCUUCACACAGAGGCCUCGCAUCUGCAGCCGGGGGCUUCCUGUACAACAAGCUGAAAGGGGUGAUUGCCAGUGACAACGAAGAGAAUGAUAAAAGUGACAAUGCAGCCUUCUUUCAAAUCCUCAUCUCCUUCUACAUCCAGAGCGAGUUCCAUGAGCAUGGGGCGUACCUGGUGGAUAGUCUGUGGGGUGUGGCAGGGUCUGAGCUGAGAGACUGGGAGACUAUGACGGCCUUCCUGCUACAGGACGAUGGUCUGAUGUAUGAAGAGGAGGGGCCUCUCAUAGAGCUGAUGAUGUGCGCCAUCAGACAGGCGGCACACGCAACCGCACCUGUUGGGAGAACUCAGGGCAAGAAGAUCCUGAGUAUGAAGGAUAGGAAGGUCCAGGAGCAGGACAGGAGACGUAUCACCACACACUUCAUCCCCAUACUGCCACAGCUGCUGGCCAAGUACUCAGCAGAUGCAAGGAAGGUGAGCCUCCUCCUCAAAGCUCCUCUCUACUUUGACCUGGAGAUGUACAACAGCGCUCCAAAACUGGAGAAGCAUCUGGACCUGCUGCUGUGUGAGAUAUGUGGUAUUGUGGCGAAGCACACAGAGGUCACAGUGUUGGAGGCUUGCGCCCACCUUGCCAGCACCCUUUGCUCCGACCGCUACACCUUCUCCUCCCGCGCACACUUGGCGUUCAGCCAGCUGCUGGACGGCCUGAUUGAGUGCUUCAGCACCUACUUGAAUGACCUGUUGCAGGGUACUGCAGACGAUGAUGACGUGUACAGCGCAGCCACUGCCUUGAAAAGGGUCGCCGUCUUCAGCAGUGCAAGGGACCCGACCGGCUGGAAGCUGUUUGACUCCUGUCUGGAGCUUCUAAAGAGCAGGAUGGAGUCCAGAGAGCUCAACGAGGAGCUCAUGGUGUCUGCGCUGAAGUGUGCGGCCUUUCACCUGAUGUGGGCUAAAGUGAACGCGGUCAACUCGACACCAGCUGAGGCGGAUUUGAAGCGUCUGAAGAGGGAGGUGCGUUCAUUCUGCAGAGUCUGUCAGACCUGUCUGUCUCUGAACCAGACUGAGAUCAGAGAUCAGGCAUUUGAGCUGCUCUGUGACCUGCUGCUCUUGUACAGUGCAAGUUCAGCCCACUCUGGAACCGCCCUCCAAACGCUGGUCCACCUGCCGUCUGAUUCCCUGCGCUCCGAGAUGGCUGCUUUCCUCCUGGACUACAUCUUCUCUGACAGUGAAGAUACUGAGCUCAAUGCUGAGGGUGAGGAGGAGAUGAAGAUAACUGUUCUCCAGAAGAAGCGCAACCAGCUGGCUGGCUACUGUAAGCUGGUCAUCUACGGGGUGCUGGACCUCACCGCCGCCACCGACAUCUUCAAGCACUACAGCAAGUACUUUAAAGACUUUGGCGACAUCAUUAAAGAGACUGUAAGCAAGAGCAAGCUCAUCAGUCCGGUUCAGAGCGCUAAGACUGUCUGUCUGAGUCUGCAGCAGCUGUUCUCGGAGAUGCUUACGGAGGACCACAGCAGGCAGGAUCUCGGUGAGAUUAGAGAAUUGGCCAAGAGGCUUGCCAUGAGCUUUGGCGUCGAUCUCCAUCGUGUCCGUAAACCACUGGUGGCCCUGCACACGGACGGUAUACGGUUUGCGUUUCGGGACCCACAGGAGGGAGAAGAGCAGCAUCCAAAUGUGGCCUUCAUGGAGAUCCUCAGCGAGUUCAGUUUCAAGCUGCUGCAACAGGACCGCACCCAACUGGCUGAAUUUAUGAAAUCAGAGUGUCCCAGUGCUGCCCUCUCCUGGCCGUCAGUCAGAAUGUAUCAGCGUUCCUUGGACAGCCGCUCCUCCUCUAAACCCAGAGAGCGGCGGCAGCAGGAGGAGGAGGGAGACGAUGCUGCCUCCUCGCAUGAUACCCCUGUAGCUAAGCGCAAGAGAACCACUGCUCAGGGUUCAAUGUCCAGCACAGUCAGAGGAUCCUGGUUGGACAACAGCAGUAUCCAGAGCAGCCUGCACACCCCAGCCCUCACCUCCACUGUCCAGAGACAGCCAGUCAAGCAGAUGGCCUCCAGGAAACCCGGAGCCACAGAGUCUGAUAUCGGCAGCGGCUUAACUGAGCCGGAGUCUGAGGAUGAGUUCUCCUCAAGGUCCCACAUGCGGAAGGUGAAGCCCAUCAAACGACGCCAGCUCUCCUCCAGCCAGACUGGCCCCAGCGUGGAUCAGCAAGACCUGAACUCCCACCUCACCUUACUGUCUCUGAUUGAGGACGACGAUGAAGAAAGAGAAGAGCCCGAGAUUGAUGAUUACGAAAGUGACUCUGAACGGGAAUCUGUUUAUACACUGCCUUCCACACGUCACACCUCAGCCAGUGUCCUUGAUGAGCUCUUUGAGUGAGGGCACAAAGACCUGCACCGCCCUGACAACAGCAGUUCUUUUU